AUGGACCGUCUUGAGCUCCUGGAUCCACGUUUCGAGGACUUCUCUCGAGACAUGGACGAUGCUGGACAUGACGCUUUCAAGAUUGCAGAGGUCUUCGGACGAUAUGCGUUUCUCUGGAAUCAGGAUCAGCCACAGCAAGGACAUGAAGAAACGAUCUCGACCGACUUGACGCGAACUACUAGCCAGCGCCAGCCAAACUUCGACUCGAAUGCGCCCGAUUCUUUUCUUUCUACCAUCCAUAACGAGCUGGACAGCAUUCUGGCCGGCUAUGUUCUGCCGGAUACUCCUAAUAGCGACGGGUAUGCGGAGUAUAUUCAGACCACAGAGCCAGAUCACUCGUUGGAUCAGGAUCCAGCCGCCGAGUCUCUCCCAGAUCAACGACCUUAUCCACCAGAAAAUCUGCACGGAGCCGAGCGCGUUCAACAGACCGCGUUACCUGCUGCACCAGCGACAGGUGAUGGUAAGCGCAGGUUUGCGCAAGCCGAGAUCACGGAUGUCUCCCAGCCUUACCCGCAGAAGCGAAUGCGCCAGGAUCAAGAGACAGGUAUGGGGAGGAAUCGGGGGACUGUCACCUCCCAGAACGACAACGUAUCGAAGCAGCCCGUGAAAGGCAGCAAACUUAGGAAUCAUGUUCCCGACAAUGUCAAAUUGCCUGCCGAUAUGCAGUUCACGAUUGUCGAAAUCUGCCGGUUCUUGCCGAAAUGCUUCCAUCGACCAAUUGUUAUGGAGCGAGCUCUCCUGAACGGCUUUGACUGCUGGACGUUGGCCGAGAUGGAGAUGGCAGGAUUCAACGACUACGACUUCAAAGACCUCCAUGACGCCAACGAGAGGUACAAGCACAGUAAGGCUUCUGCGUUGAAAAUUCUUCACGGCACCACAAGCCAGAAAACUGCUCAGCUGAAAGGCUCGCAGGAUGAUAUGACUGCAGCUACGUGGAAGCUGAAGAGCUCAUAUGAUCCCAACGCUAGGAUUCGAACGACCGAAGAGCCAAAGCCUCUCAGGCAGAUCUAUAACUCUGUCGACAAGCUUCCCACCGGCAACGAUAGGGGCGUAUUCACAGCAUGUCUAGAGCUGUGGAAGGAGAAUGAGGCAACAUACCCGGACCUGACCACCGAUGACCUGGCCACACUGAAAACAGUGCUUGAGGAUCUCGGCACCUUGCCUGUCCUGGACUUGGGCGGCGUUCAGCGCAACCACGAUCAGGAGACUUUGGCGCGUUUUGGCAAGCGGAGUCAGAAGACUGCAAGCAAGCCUGACCCUAAAAAGGCGCAGCCAAAACCUGCCCUCUUGUGA